AUGCUGCACCACGGAACACUUUCGCUGUGACACACCGUUCAAAGUCUGCAACAUGAGACCGAGCUCACGCUGCUGGGUUGAAAGUCAUGGCAGGUCCCGAUGUGAUUAGAACGCUCCUGUACACCGUGAACCACCUGCUGCAGCGCGAGAAGUACAAGGCGGCAUUGGCCGUGUUGAAAGGAUUCAGAAAUGGCGCCGUAUAUGGGGCCAAAAUCCGAGCCCCACAUGCUCUGGUUAUGACAUUUCUAUUCCGAAGUGGCAGUUUGAAGGACAAGCUCAAAGCCAUUUUGAAGGCCACGUACACGCACUCCCGCAACCUGGCGUGCUUUGUGUUCACCUACAAAGGACUGCAGGGCUUGCAGGAGCGAUGCCAGGGGAAGAGACUCCAGUCUCACUCCUUUCUGGCCGCCUGCGUUGGCGGCUGGUUGGUGUUUGGAGACAACAACAACAUCAACAGCCAGAUCAACAUGUACCUGCUGUCGAGGAUCCUGUUCGCCCUCUCCCGGCUGGCCGUGGAGAAAGGACUCGUCCCGCGGCCUCAACGUGACCCUUUCCCCCUCUUUGCCACGCUGGUGUGGGGCGUUGUGCUGUGGUUGUUUGAGUAUUACCCCCACACCCUCCAGCCCUCGCUGCAGUCCUCCAUGAGCUACCUCUACCACGACAGCAACGUGUGGCACGACAUCACCGACUUCCUCCUUUAUAAUAAGCCACGGACUGCUGCUUAAACAUUAUGUUGAAAUAUUUAAAAUGUUUUAGGAUUAUUGAAUAGCUCUCUACAAUUAAUUAAUAUUGAAGCAAUGCAUUUUUUUAAUGAAUAUUACAUUUAUAGUAUAAUUUGUUGUCGCAAAUGAAAAUAAUUCAUUGACAUGAGUUCAUUUUUGUGUGUUUUUCCCAUUAAAAUAGACCAAUAUAUUUGCAUACCAUUACGGCUAUUAGACCACAUGGAUUUAAAGGAAAAAUGUGUUCCCUUUAAAUCUGAAAAUCGUAUCAAUGUUUUUGUUGGAUGUGUUUCAUGUGCCUGACCCAAGUUGUGCCUUUAGUUAUGCAUAUUAUGAAAUUAAAAUAAUCUAACAUGAACCAUGUCUGCUCCUGCACCUGGC